AUAUAACUAGCUACGGUUAAAACCCUAACCUAACUUAUUUUUAUUCUCUCUUCUUCAGCCGUCACUCUCUCUCCACGCCCUCCGUACCUUUCCUCGUUCGUUCUAUCUCCGCCGCCACUUCCGCAGCCACAUGGCCAGAUCUGGCCCACUCCGCGAAUCUCUCUCUCUCUCUCUCUCUCUCUCUUCCUCUGGUUCGGUUCCGCAGACGGAGAUUAGACAAAGGUCUACAAAUUUAAUUUUGCAAAAGAAAAAUUGAAAAUUCAAUAAAUAAAUUUAAAAAGCAACCUUUGGCCAAGAUCAGUUACUUUAUCACCUCCACUAAGACUUGAUGCCCAAGUAAUUUCAUCCUAUAAAUCAGCCACAAACAAAUCUAAUAUCUCUCUCUGCCCCAACAGAUCUUCCCCGCAUUCUCCAAUUCUUUCAAAACCCUAAACCCUGCAUCCCUCUCUCCAUACCCAACUAUGGCUCCUCCUUCUCAAGAUUCUCUAGAUUCUCUUCUGGGCCCACCGGCUCUCCGCCGGCCUAACCCCUUCCCGGACAUCUUCGACCUUACGCUUAAGACAACCUAUGAACCAGGCCCUUCAAUGGGUAGAGGCCAAUCUGGGCAGUCUUCUUCACACCCAACCUCAAACCCGUGCAUUACAUUUUUCUUCAAAGCCAGCCGAUACACUGCUGAUCACACCCGGAAAAAGACCCCUCCCGAGUACUGGUACUUCGGGGGGGUCCAGCGGGAUCUGAUUUAUUAUGAAGAAGAGGCAUGGAAGUUUGACCCUCUCACCACUUUCAAGCUCAUAUUUGCUCUUCGAAUGGUGGAGAGGCUUGACACAGAUGGAUUCUACAGAGCCUUGUUGUGGGUGCACAAAAACCACCCUUUAACCCUGUCUUUGAAUGUCAUCGCUUUGGGGAGUAAAGGUUGGUUCAAAGAUUUAUUGGGGUUUCUCUAUUUUGUUUUGGAAGACCCGAUAAAGGAAGCAGAAGCAAAAGAAAAAUCAAAGAAGAAUGGAAUAAUCAAUUAUGACUAUGGAUAUCUUGAUUCUGACGAAGAUGACUUUUAUCAGAGUUAUCCGUACAAGAAAGAAACUGGGGUUGAGGAGAAGAACAGAGAAGAGAUCACAGGCUCAGAUACUCGCAUUGGCAGGGCUAAAAUGGCGGUCGAGAGGUACCAAAGUGACUCGGAUUAUCGAAACUUGCAUGAUCGAAUCUCGGAGAUGUUUGCACAUUUUUUGACAUCGGAUCUCAGGUUUCUGGAGUCUGGUGAGAUCGAAAAAAUCAGUUUUGCUUACAAAUUUUGUCCUUCAGUUAAUUCUGGUUAUGACAGAGCAACCCUGCUGUGUGAAAACAUAGCAAAGAGAAUUUUCCCACGCCAUGACUAUGAAGAUUACAGUGAGCUUGAAGAAGCUCAUUACGCUUACAGGGUUCGUGAUCGUUUGAGGAAACAAGUACUUGUUCCUCUGCGCAAAGUGCUAGAAUCAUCAUCAUCACCAAGGAAGAUCGGGUAUGUUCCUACUGUACCACAGCUAUUAUCCCAAAACCCUAAGGCCCUGGCUGGUUUGAGAAGAUACAGGAGGAUCCUGAGCAAUGAGAGAGAAUAUGAAAGCAAAUUGUAUUUGAUGGAAAAUGGGGGGGGAAAUGGAAGCAAAUCUCAAUUUAAGCUUUAUAUAAAUGUUGUUGAAUUUUUCCGGGUAAGCAUUGGUGAUGGGCUAGAACUUCCACACCAAAUAGUAUUUCCUUUCUUGUACAAGCGUUGGUUCAUAAACAAGGAACAUAAUGAAAGAUCAGAGCUUGAAUGGCAUACACUAGUCCAAAAUUUUUCAAACAAAGGGAAGCUGAGGAAUUGUCUUGCCGUAUGUGACAUCCAAGAGAGCAUGAGAGAGACAUGCGAGGAUAUGGUUUGCAUUGGAAUGGGGUUAUUGAUUUCAGAACUGAGUGAAAAUCCAUGGAAUGGAAUGGUUUUUCCCUUUAGCCUUUCUCCCAAGCUUUGCAAGAUCGAAGGAGAAAAUCUUCAGUCCAAGUGCAACUUCAUGAGGCAGAUAGAGUGUUCUGUGAAAUUGGACUUCUUAGCAGUUUACAACCAAAUCUUGGACACUGCAACCUCACAAAAUCUAAGCCCUGAUAAGAUGCCCAAGAGGAUUUUUGUGUUCACCAACAGGGAUUUUCGGAAAGCCUUCGAAUGCGAUUGGCAGGACAAUUAUAAAGAGGCUUUGAAGAAUUACAGAAGAAGAGGGUAUCAGACUGUGCCAGAUAUGGUUUUUUGGAAUCUUAAGGGUGGCAUGCGUGAGCCAGAGGUUAUUAAUUGCCCAUUGAAGGAGAACCAUAAAGUAGGUCUUAGUUUAACUGGGUUUUCAGACAAUAUGCUCACUAUGUUCUUGAAUGGAGAGUCAGAUUCAAGACCAUAUGCAGCUCAUCAGAUCCAAGCACCUUAUGGUAUUGAUGUCCAGAAAUGCAUUCCCAGACCAGAGGAUGUGAUGAAAUGUGCAAUUUCAGGACCAGAAUUCGAUAACCUUCUUGUAUUUGAUUGAUGGAAACAUGUUUAUGUUCCUUGACAUAGAAUGAUGAAUGUUUCAUUAGA